AUGUCCGCCGCCAUGAGCAGCAGCGCGAGCGCCGCAGCCGCCGCAGUCAAAUUCGUCGGCUCCGACGCGGACGGUCUGCCGCUGAAACGAAAGCAGGUUCAGCAGGCCUGCAUGUCGUGUCGCAAGAAAAAGAAACGCUGCAUACACACAAUACCUUCUUCGCCGCCGGAAUCCAAGACGCCACUCCCACCAUCCCAGAUCCCAAAUGCGCCGCCCGAGUCGAGCCCCGCACAAGGCGACGACAAUACCGUCAUCUCAUCGUCCCAGGAGAGGCUUGAAGAGGACAUUUGUCAGGUGGCUGCAUCCCAGCUGGUCGAGCUAUCAUCCCGUUUUGUUGGCGACCUCAACCCCGAAGGCAUCUUUGUCGAAGCAACAACAACCAAGGCAUCGUCUGUGCCUCCAGGGCCAGAAGAAAUAGGGAUAUGGCUCCCCACUCGCUCAGAAUCAACCAAGACCAGCGCACGAAGUCCUGAUGUGUCCUCACGUCGAAGUCGUCCUAUUCCGAAUCACUAUCGAAAUGGGAGUGAGCGUCGUGGCGGCCUGCUUGCGGCAUUCGAGCGUGCGAGGGCACAAUAUCUCAGCGAGGAGUGCCUUGUCACCAUGCCUCCGCCUCAGGAGUAUUCCGUACUUCGCCAGAUUUUUAUGGAUAAAGUGCACCCGAUAUUUCCAAUCUUUACCGACUCGGACCUCGCUGGCAACAACCCCGACACAGUCUAUGGCGACGUCAUGAAGCAGGUCAUCUCCUUGAUUGGCGGCCUGGAUCCGGCAGGUCGAAAAAACUUACGAUUGGAACCAGGUGGCCCCCUACUCAAGCCCCAGGAGUUCCAUCAACAGAUGGCAGAGGCAAUAUUUCCCGUCUUGGAGGCCGACUGGAUACAAAACAAGGUUGAUCACAUCCGUAUCCUAACCACCAUGGCCCUCUUCUAUCAACCAUACGACACAUCUCAAAAGGACCGGGCCCGUGCCGCCUGGCUCAAUACACAGGCUGUUCACCAUUUACAGACGCUCAGUGCGCACCUUAACGGCUACCGCCCGCAAAGACCAGGUGAAGAUAUUGACCGUGUCUUCUGCGCCGUUUGGGCAGUGGAUAGGUUAUGUGCGUCGUUUUAUGCGCGCCCGACAAUAAUACACGAGCGAGACGUUGAGAAAGACCUUGAGCUCGCGAUCAGCAAGCAGCCGCCGUGCUUCAUGUUGCUGCUGAAGCUGGUUCAGACCCUUGAUAGUGUGUUUCCUUUAUACAGGCCACAUCAAAAAUUCGAGUAUACCGACAUCCCGGUGUUGGAGUCUUUGAUAAUGGAUACAGGGACUGGAAGAACUCCCACUCGACUUCUUGCGACCCUGGAGACACUUUAUCACGCCAUUGCCGUGCUUAGCUGCCGUCAACCGCGCAGUGCCUUUUCUUUGACGUCGCCCGACGAUAACCGCUCUCAUCUACCGAACUCUACGAUCAACCCCCGACGGUCCCUCUCGGCGGACAGGAUUGUCUGGGCAGUUCAGAAUGAAGACCUCGGACCAUUCCCGUUCGUGCCCUAUGCCGUCUCACUGGCCCUCACCGUGCACUACCGCAAGAUGAGGUACAGCAAAACCGUCAUGUUCCGUAACCGAGGCAGGGACAUGUUUCGAAUUGUUGUCGCUGAGCUCAAGAAGCUUGGUGAUUAUUUCUUCAGCGCCAGGAUAAAUGCUGGACUGGGCGAAAGCAUCUUGCGAGAAAUGGAGAAAACAGCAACGUCUUUGUGUCGUGAAGACGGCGAAAACGGCCACAACACUGUUCCUCCCAUCGUCGCUACCGCCUCAGCGCUGGCCGCGCUUAGCCGGAACGGGACGCCCCUUGCGGCCCCAGCUGGCGAUACCAGGAUGAUAGACGCGCCAUCAAUCCACACAGUCAACGGCGGUUCAGCAAUCGGCGAGGCCGCAGGAGCAAAUGGCUACCAUGCCACCAGUGGGACUCCAAUGUCGUCAAUAGCGAACGGGAACAUGGAGUCAUCGGUUUUCGACCAGCUCGAUGUCGAUGUGGAUUUGUUCGGCUUCUUUGAUCCGAGCUUCAACCUUGGCGCCGUGGACACAGCUUUGGAGGCCAAUUUAAACAUGGGAUAUCCGCAGCCCCCCAACCGAUCGAUCAUGGUGGGUUUUGACUCGGUCAGUCCGAUUCCUGUCCAAGAGCUGUGCAAUUACCGUCCUUGCUCUGUUCGAAGACUACUGCACGUCUGCGACAAAGCCGCAUCAUCGGUCAAGAUGCGUGGCUCAACAGUUCUCAGCAUUCUCUCUUUCACGGCCCUCGGCCAAGGCAUUCGCAUUCUUCAGGGAAACGAUGACGGCUGGGCUGAAAUGUACGCGAGGACAUUCUUUGACACCCUCACUGCCUCGGGUCACGAUGUGCUCCUGUCGUGUCCUGCCGAAAACAAGUCCGGCUCUGGCUCAAGGGACGCCGAGCCCGAGCCGCGCAAGGAUGCUUGCCAGUAUGACAGCUGCCCGGCGGGCUCAGGCCCAGUUGGCUCUGACCCCAAGAACCGCAAGCUAAACUGGGUCAACGCAUUCCCGGUAACUGGAAUCAGGUACGGCCUGGACACAUUCGGACCCCAGGUCUGGAACGGCGAGAAGCCUGAGCUGGUCGUUACCGGUAUCAACGUCGGCAGCAACCUCUACGCCCUCUUCCCUUCGGGCACCGUCGGCGCGGCUGUUGAAGCGGUCAAGCAGGGCAUCCCCGCGAUCGCCUUCUCAGGUGACAGCGGUGGCGGCCCUCGCUCCUUCGACCCCACGGGCAAGGAAACGUCGCCCUCGGCCAAGGUCUACGGCGAGCUUGCCACCAGCCUUGUCAAUGCCGUCGUCGCCCAGGGUACUCCUUACCUGCCGGACAACACCUUCCUCAACGUCAACUUCCCCAAGCUGACUGACGAGUGCAACACGGCCGAUAAAUUCAAGUUCGUCAUGUCGCGUAUCGCGAUUGGCGUCUUCUCGAGCAGGGAUGCCAUGGUCUGCGGCACAGACAGGCUCCCCAACGAGCUCCAGAUCGCGCUCCGCAGGGACUGCAUCAUCUCGGUCAGCGUUGCCGGCAUGGACAAGACCACCGCCCCCGCGGAGGCCCAGGCCGUCGUGGCUGACAAGCUCAACGAUUUCCUGGAGUGCCUGCCAAACUGA